GGCAUGGGAGAGGAUGCUGCCUUUUCAGCCCGUACCUAGGCAUCACCUCGAGAUUGACAUGCCUUAUGCGAGGAGGUGGACAGUGGGUUUUGACCGGGAUGUGGAUACGCACCACAGUAUUCUUCCAUUCCGGGACCAGCUUGAUCACAUGACGGACGAUGCGCUAUUUAUAUGGACGCCGUACGCUGCUAUAUUAGAUGGUUUGCCGGCCUUCUGUAGGGCAGGUCAGGGGGUUUGGAGGUCGCGGUGUCCAUUGAUACACCUGGACAUCGUAGAGGAGCACAUGCCCGAGCAUGUCUUACGACAGUUUGGGCAUACACAGAGUAUACCCCCUGACGUCCGUCAUGAGCUCCGACACUACUAGCGGGACGAUCGGGCUGCCGUUGAUGAUGAUUUUCUGGCUUUCAUGGAUGUCCAGCUCCACCGUUGGGAGAACAAGUUAGGCACUUUAGCGGUGGUCGGCCAUUUGACUCCCGUUGAGCAUUACAUGCGCUGGUAUCAUCAGAUCACACGUCGAUUGAUCGGCAACCAAGCUUUGCGUCCCUCUAGAGAUGUAGGAUACUUAGCACUCGCGGGGCAGUACGAGGCAUUGCUGGUGGCCGUACAGCGUUUACGCAUCUUGGGGUUAGAGCAUAUGCCUUAUCCUGGGCUUGCGGGGCUUGCGGCGGAGAUGGUACGGAUAUCGGAGGAUGGUAUCCGGCAGGCAGGCGAGAUUAGGCGCAGGGAGGAGCCUGUUCCGGAGGCUGAGUAUCAGGCAGCGCCAGGAGGAGGACCGGGUGCUCCCAGAGGAAGAGGUCGUGCUGGCAGAGGACGCCGUGCGCGUAGAGGUCACGGUGCUGCUGCUAGAGGACUUGGUGGUGGAAGACACCAUCUGGUAGAUGAGGCCAAUCCCAUUCCAGAGGGCGUUCACGGUCUAGUCCAUCCGCAGCCGUUCCAGGCCAGUGGUAGCUCACCUGGGGACUCACCUACGUUUACGCCGGCGCUCUUACUUUCUGAGAUACCCGGGUCGUCAUCACGGUAGAGCCGAAUGCAUACAUGGAGGAGCGUGAUAACGUUGAU